AUGAAAAGGACUUGGCCCGCUGCUGCCAGGUCUCGUGGCGCUGGUUCGGACUGUGACCUUUGGGCACCCCUCUUCGUCCGUCGAUUUGGUCGAUCACCCAACGCCGAGCGCAAAGAUCAGGGGCUCAUCGUCAAAAUGCAAUUCAUGAUGGAAGUGGAAAGCCUCAAGGAGGAGAAGAUACGGCAGGCCAUUGAAGAGCACAACAUGAGGAUUGAGCGAUGGAAGAAGGGCAGCAACCACAACCCCAUCGCGAUGCACAGCGAGCUGUUGCCCGUACUCAAAUACCGCGACGGAGAGCUGCAGGAGGUGUCCUUCAUCACAGCCAAGCACAUGUGGGGCCUUCUCGCCUGGUUUGUUCCUGUGGGGGUGGCCUGUAGCGUGGGUGCCCGGCCAGCUCUUGUUGCGACCGUCCUGUGUUCCCUGACGCGCUACUACACUUACGAUGCGUACUACGACGAGGCGAAGCUGCAGCCCAGGCCCAACAAAGAUAGGCUGCGCUCGGUCGCGAAGUGCCUCAUCUCUGGCAUCGCCGUGUGCGCUGGGGCCGCAAUGCUGGGCUGGGCAUCGGGCGCCGGUGUGCGCGCAUCGAUCGACAAGUCUAUCCAGACCAUCAUCGGCUCCGCGUAG